AUGAAAAGAAGAAGGUGCUGUAUUGAGUUUUUCUUCACUGUUGUACACUUGGCUCUUAUCUCACAUACCUCAAAAGGGGCUUGGGUAGAUUUCUUGAAGAACUUGAGGUGGUCCCAAAACCUUUCUUCCCUUACUGCUGAAGCUUUGGUUUGGUACCUUCCUACCACCAACAUAGAUCAGGUUAUCAUGAGUUGUGGAGAUUUCUCGAAUGUGCCACUCACAGAUCCACGAGGUUGCAUCAAUUACAACCCUUCAUUGGCCAUGACGCAGUUUGGGUAUCUGAUAGAGAAUGAACCUAGGGAUGAAUUACUAAAGGACUUCAUCUUGCCCGGUCUGGGAACAGAGAACCCAACUCUAUUGAAAAAGGUUAAGCAAGCUUGGACUCAAAUUCAUUGUAAAGGUAAGGAGCUAGGAAAACGUGAUUGUCGAGCUAAGGAGCCGUAUCUCCAAUGGAUCCCUCCCUCAGAACCAGAGCCUGUAUAUGCUUCCAAGGAGGAAGUAUAUGCAUUGAAAGCGACUAUCCCACAGUUAAUCAAAGAAAACAAAGACUUGCGAUUAAAGCUUCCUGCAUUGGAUAGAGAUCAUGCUAAGUUGAAAAGAAAGAGUGAAGAAGAUAUCGAGCUUUUAUCAGAAAGCAGAAAGAUGGAAAAAAUUAAGGAGAACCUCAAAGAUAAAUACCAAGAUAGUUUAACUCAAGCAUAUAUGGGGCUAAUUUCCCUCCGAAAAUAG